AUGCCUGGUGCCUGGCUAGAUCUGAGUCCGCAGGCAGACGCUCGCCAGGUCAAGCCCGAGGACAAUGCUCAACCCCAACUUCGCGGUGGCUACAUCGAUCUGACGGGCGACGAUGACGUACUGUUCCCGAACGCUGAUCCAUUUCCUGAGCUCGCCAACGCUUACCAACCGAACCAAACGGCACCUGCUGAUGCCUUCACUCAGGAAUGGAUGAGUACGGAGGACCUCGCCCAGUUCCUGCUUGCCCCUACGCCAGCUGGCGGUGGGUACGCCUACGUGAAUCAAGCUUGGAACCACCAAGGCCCGACCGAGCCAGAUCCAAUGCAGGGUCCCGUUGGCGAGCCAAGAAAGAUGGCCCUCGAGGAGGAGCUCUUCGGUGACGAUGAUCCGCUGCCGAUUUCCCGCGCGAGCCCUGAGGCCGUCGAUCAUCUCAUCCGCAACAUUACUACUGCUGAUGACCUUCCGCCUCCUAUGAGGGAGCAAACUCCGAAAGCUAUGGAGUCGCAGCUCAUGGAGCACCAAAAAAUCGCCUUGACCUGGCUCCUAAAAAUGGAGAAUGGCAACAAGACGAAAGGCGGCAUACUUGCCGAUGAAAUGGGCCUCGGCAAGACCGUAGAGGCUCUGUCCUUGAUUCUGGCCAACCCUUCGAGGGACCCCGCGUGUAAGACGACCCUGAUCAUCGCCCCCGUCGCCCUGAUGAAGCAAUGGGAAAAGGAGCUCGAGCGGCAUGUGCGACCAACCCACCGGCUCAAAGUAUACAUCUACCACGGGAAUGGCAAGAAGGCCGACUUCAACAAGCUGCGAAGCUAUGACGUCGUCCUCACCACCUUUGGAACUCUGUCGUCUGAGAUGAAGACGAAAGAGAAGCGAGUGGAAGCGGAGGCAGCGCAGCGCGAGCGCCAGGACCCCAGAUAUAUCCGUCCCGCGAAAGAGACUUUGGCGCUGCUGGGCCGCGAGUGCAUGUGGUACAGGGUGAUCAUUGAUGAAGCCCAGUGUAUCAAGAACAGGUCGACCCUCGUCUCAAAAGCCGCCAAUGAUCUUCAGAGCCGAUAUAGGCUGUGCAUGACGGGCACACCGAUGAUGAACUCCAUCGACGAGUUGUUUCCCUUGAUCCGCUUCCUGAAAAUUCCUCCCUACCAUGAGUGGGGAAGGUUCUCCGACUCCAUCUCCCGACCGCUGAGGGCUAACGAUGCGGUGCGAAAGAGGGCCAUGAAUCGUGUCCAGGCGCUCUUAAAAUCGAUCAUGCUGCGCCGCGGUAAGACCACAGUCGUUGAUGGGAAGCAGAUUUGCGAGAUUCCGCCCAAGCAUACCAAGCAUCAACCUGUUGAGUUUUCCGACGAGGAGCAACAGUUGUACAAGGCCGUUGAGACUCAUUCGCAGCUGAAGUUCAACAAGUAUCUUGAGAACGGCACUGUCAACAACAACUAUGCAAACGUGCUGGUCAUGCUGCUGCGUCUCCGCCAGAUUUGCUGCCAUCCUCACUUGGUCCAGGAUUUGGGCGUACAGGUGUCCACCGAAGGAAUUGCAGAAGACGAUCUUUUGAUACGUGCCCGGCAACUCAGCGAUGAUGUUGUCAAACGCUUGCAAGACGCCGAGGGUUUUGAGUGCCCUAUAUGCCUCGAAGCUGAUCUUAACCCGACCAUCAUCAUGCCCUGUGGACAUACGGCGUGUGGAGAGUGCUUUCAGAAACUGGUUGAUCCUGCCCUCCGAGAAGGCAAUGAAGAUAGCGUCCCAAAGUGCCCUCACUGCCGAGGAACCCUCAGCUCGAGUAGGAUCACCGACUACCAGCAUUUCUGCAAGGUUUACUGCCCUGAGAAGCUUGAUUCUGUAGGUGGUACGAGCGAUGCAGAGUCAUAUCCCGAAGAAGAGGAGGAGGAGGAAGAAGAAGAAGAUGACGACGAUUCGCUUGAUGGAUUCAUCGUGCCAGACGAUGACUUCGAGGACGAUCAUCGCCAAGAUGAACAAAACGAAUCGGACGAUGCGCAAGGUCCUGUUCAGGUUAAGAAGGUUAAAGGCAAGGCGAAGGCUAUGGGCAAGACAAAUGCCAAACCAAAGGCCACACUCGCACAGUUAAAGAAAGAGUCUCUCCGGAACAAGAAGGCCAAGCGCAAGUAUCUCAAGCGGCUCCAGAAGACAUGGACAAGCUCAGCGAAGAUCGACAAAACUAUGGAGCUGCUCACCGCGAUCCAUGCCAAUGACCCGACGGAGAAGACACUCAUCUUCUCUCAGUUUACCUCGCUGCUAGAUCUCCUCGAGGUCCCUCUUCUGCAGCAGAAUUUCACAUAUCAGCGUUAUGACGGGAGCAUGCAAAUGAAUGACCGCGUGGAGGCUGUCAAUCGCUUCAUGGAUCAUGCAAAUGAGAAGAUCAUGCUAGUUUCUCUUAAAGCUGGCAACGCAGGACUCAACCUGUACAAAGCAUCUCAAGUGAUCAUCCUGGAUCCAUUCUGGAAUCCGUUUAUCGAAGACCAGGCUGUUGAUCGCGCUCAUCGAAUGCCUCAACACCGUGAGGUUCAUGUGCACAGAGUCUUGGUACCCGAGACGGUCGAAGAUCGAAUUUGCGCGCUACAGGACAAGAAGCGCGACAUUAUCAACACCGCACUUGACGAGCGAGCCGGCAAAAGUAUUACGCGGCUAGGCGUCCGCGAGUUGCAGUAUCUUUUCGGGCUCAGAGACCAUGCUUAG